CAAAAGGUCACAUGACGCCAAUAUGGCGAGUUCCAUUGGAAGAGUUUCCAGUAUUUUCAGGUCGGGAUUAUUCAACGGAAAAGUGGCCAUUGUGACUGGUGGCAGCACUGGCAUUGGGCAGGCAAUAACCCAGGAGCUCUUACAUUUAGGAUGCAAAGUAAUGAUAGCAUCAAGGAAUGUGGAGAGACUUGCUUCAGCAACAGUAGACAUUAAGAAAAAUAUUCCAAAGGAAAGUCCAGCAGAAAUAAGCAAUAUCCAAUGUAACAUUCGGAAAGAAGAUCAGGUUGAAAAAAUGGUUUCAGAAACUUUGUCAAGGUUUGGUAAAAUUGACUUCCUUGUAAACAAUGGAGGGGGGCAGUUUCCAGGACCUGCUUCUUCUUUUAGUCUUAAGGGCUGGAAUGCUGUUAUAGAGACAAACCUUACAGGAACAUUUUUAUGUUGCAGAGAAGUGUAUAACCAGUGGAUGUGCCAGCAUGGUGGUGUUAUUAUUAACAUUAUUGCUGAUAUGUGGAGGGGAUUCCCUAUGAUGAGUCACACAGGAGCAGCACGGUCAGCAGUGGACAAUCUGACCAAAUCUUUGUCCUUGGAGUGGGCAGCCUCUGGGGUCAGGGUCAAUGCUGUAGCUCCUGGUGUUGUAUACUCCAAGACAGCAGCAGCUAAUUAUUGUACUGAUGUAUUUGGACAUUCUAUUCCUAAUAUACCAGCAAAACGUUUAGGGACACCAGCAGAAAUCUCAGCAGCAGUAUGCUUCCUUCUCUCACCCGCUGCUGCUUUCAUUUCUGGAGAAUCUCUUAAAGUAGAUGGCGCUGCCAGUUUAUAUCGUAUAGGUUUAGAAAUACCAGAACACAAGAGUUUACCAGCAUAUGACUGGAAAACAGAUGAUCUGAAAAACACAUCAAACAAACCAAAGUUACAAUAGUUAAGAGAAGGCAAAGACAAUAUAAUUUUUAUCUGUGAUAAUUGGACUACAUGCAUUUAUUGUAUUAUUUUCCAAUGUUUAUAAGAUAAUGGUUGUAGUACAUGAAUAUUUCUAGAUUGUUGCUUAUCAAAGAUAUUUUUAAAAAAAUGACUGAUAUUAGAUUGCACUUAAAAUCUUUAAUACUCAAGAUUUUAUCAUAGCAGCUCAGCAAAACAUGCAUGUCAUUUAUUUUCAUCAAAAUCAACAGGCAUCAAAAUCGAAAUUUUAUUAGGUUACUGAUCAUGAGUUACUUGAAACAAAAUUCAAAUCGAUUGUUUAUGGUUACUCAUCUAAUGCCGUCUUUGAAGUAAAACUUUCUUUGGUAAAGUGUGUACAAUGACCUUGAACAGAGCUUCUGUCUUAAUUAAAGGCCAUUCAUAACAGAA